GUAUUGAGUGUGUAGUGUGUGACCGUGGGAAACAGACACACCGCGGCCGCACAGAUCUGAGAAAACCCGUCUUUGGAGCGGAAGGUCUCUAGUGAAUCCACACCGAGACGCAUCAUGCAGUCUCGGGAUAGUUGUCGUCAUGUCUCGCUGAAAGGUUCGUCAGGAGCGGUGAGCUAGUGGAAAGUAAUCACCUCUUCUCCAUCACUGAGUGGUUCUGUAAGUUUGCCACAGUAUUUUAGAACUCGCACUGUAACGCAUCGGCGCGCAUCCGUGUGCCUGCGGGGACGCGCAUGGAUCGAGAGCGCGGAUUGAAUCCUCUCAGAAAUCAACCCAAGAGAGCUCGGCUGAAUUUAAACUUUUUUUUUUUAACAACAACAACAAAAAAUCUAUUAUUAUUAUCCCCGUUGUGUGGGUCCUGUCAGAUUAAAAUUGGCAUAAAAUAAAUCUUCGCAGUGAGUUUGUGAUGAGGCGGACUGCAGCGCCCGCGCGGGAGGACUCUCCACUGGAAGAAUUAUUGCGCAGUUUUUAAAAUAACGGAAAAUCGGGAGCUCGCUCGCGGCGCAGAGAGUAUGUCCGCGAAAGAUAACGCCUGCAUACAAUUCCAGGCUAAUAUUUUCAACAAGAGUAAAUGCCAGAACUGCUUCAAAGCUCGAGACGCGCACCUGCUGAGUGAUGAAGACUUCACACAGGCCAAACCAAUCUACGGUGGAUGGCUGCUCCUGGCACCUGAAGGAACAAACUUUGACAAUCCUCUGCACAGAUCACGGAAAUGGCAGAGGCGUUUUUUCCUUCUGUAUGAGCAUGGACUCCUGCGUUACGCACUGGAUGACAUGGCCAGCACUCUUCCACAGGACACCAUAAACCUGAAUCAGUGUGUGGAUGUUGUGGAUGGUGAGAGCCGGACGGGUCAGAAACACUCGCUGUGCAUCUGCACACCAGAGAAAGACUAUUACAUACGUGCUGAGAGCAAAGAGAUCAUAAAUGGGUGGCAGGAGGCGCUGAUGGUUUUCCCACGAACUAACAAACAAAACCAGAAGAAGAAACGGAAGGUGGAAACAACAACACCACAGGAGCCAGGUCCUGCGAAGGUGACGGUCACCAGUACCAGCAGCAGUAUGGUGUGUCUCCCCAGCACUAUAGCUCACGCAGAGCGAGUGAUGCCCACCCGAGCCACCCUGUGGCAGGAGGAAACAUGGAGUCGAACCACUUUACCAACAAGCUACAGCACCGGCAGCCUGAGUCAGCUGGACUCAGGAAACUCGAGUGUUGGUCGUAAGCCACGGGUGGAGAGCGGAUAUUUUUCACUGGAAAAACCCAAACCUGAAGAAGACAAAGAACGACAGCAUCAUCGCCAGCAGGAGCAAGAUCCGCCGCCUUCUCUGCUUUCUACUUCCUCCAGCACAUCCUCCUCUUCCUCUCGCUCCAGGUAUCUCUCCUUUGAUCCAGAGCGCUUCAGCUCACACAAACACACGUCACACCACCCACACAGCACUGCUAACACACAGACUUCCAGCAUUACAUGUAACGCCCGCGCUCACAAACACAACACGCAAAGACUUAGCAUAUCAGAGGAGCAUCGCCCCCCAUCGCUGGAUUCCACGGCCUCGUCGGAUGCAAAUCCCUGUCCCCUUCCCAGCCCGGACAUGCUCUACGCUCCAAACCCACAUGCAAACAUCCUCCCAUCGUCCCUGUCUUCCUCUCAGAGCUCUUUAGACUCUGAGAAGAGUCCGGAGAGCCGUGUGGGCGGAGCCUCGGGCAGGGCAGGGCGAGGUGGGCGGGGUUACGCCGUCCUGGCGGAUGUGCCCCGAGCACGGAGACUCAAUCGUCGGGAAGCAUCCCGAUCCAGUAAGGAGCAGCAGGAGCUGCGAGCGCGCACGAGGAGCCCGGGUCGGGAGGAAGUGGAACGGCUGUUCGGACAUGAUCGAAGACGUUCACAGGUCAUCGAGAGAUUUGAGUGUCAUGACACUGUCAGCACUCCAGAGCAAAUGGACACAGACUCCGCCCCUUCUCAUUCUAAAACAGCCAAUCAGAGAGCAGGACGUAAUGAUAGACACCUCUUCAAUCAGAAACAGGAAUUUUCAUUGGAUUCAGCUAAAGGACGGACAGAUGAUGUUUCUUCACUAGCUGGUUACCGAAGGGCCAAAAGUCUGGAUCGCAGAGCCACAGAGACACUCAUGACUCCAGACCUGCUGAACUUUAAGAAAGGAUGGAUGACCAAACUGUACGAAGAUGGAUUGUGGAAGAAACACUGGUUUGUUCUGACCGAUCAGAGCCUGAGGUUCUACCGCGACUCCAUCGCUGAGGAAGCCGCUGAUCUGGACGGAGAGAUCGAUCUUUCCUCGUGCUACGAUGUGACUGAAUUCCCAGUUCAGAGGAACUAUGGCUUCCAAGUCCUUAGUAAGGAAGGGGCAUUCACACUGUCUGCUAUGACUUCUGGGAUACGUCGAAACUGGAUUCAGGCCAUUCUGAAGAACAUGCGGCCCACCGCCGCUCCUGAUGUCACACGUUCCCUUCCAGAAGAGCAAACCAGAUCAAAUCUGGAGCAAAGCUCUUCGCAACUGUCUAACAGCUCUGUAGUUGAAGCUAAAAAGGCACACGAGGAUAUCACGAACUCUGCACCUCCUUCCGAUCAUCGUAAGAGCCGAGUCAACAAGCGGGAGGGACGGUCUAAAACCUUUGAUUGGUCCGAGUUCCACCCAGGACAGGAAAACAAGAGCGAACAACCCUCAAUAAAGAGGGCAGAUACUUCUGUCAUUAUCUCAUCUUCUCCCUCCUCUACUGCCUCCUCUCCCAUCUCUAGCACCUCUUCUCAUCAGACGUCGUCUUCCAUUACUAUCACCAGCCAAACUGACAAGUUGCCACAGCAAGAUGAAGAAGUCGUGCAGGAAUAUAUGCACCACUAUGAGAUGGCACCUACAGAAGGUGGAGUCAAUGCCACGACGGUGGCAGAGCCCCCAUCAAAGCUCCCUCAUAAGGUGCCACAUGAACAGGUGAGAAUGGAUGUAGGCAAUGCCAGAGACGCACAAGAUGCCGACAGUCAAAGCGCGACCCGCAGAAACUCUGACGUCCAAGUGGAAAUUGAGCAGAGGUGGCAUCAGGUAGAAACAACGCCCCUCAGAGAGGAAAAGCAGGUACCGAUCACUAGCAACUCAAAUGUACCUGUUGGAGAAAGAGUCCUUCCACAAGAGCUGGGUACUGCACUGGAAAAAGAGUUAGGUCAGGCACAAAGGGAUCUGGCAAGACUUCAGCAGCAGAACAGCAUCUUACAGGAGCAACUUCAGGAUGCGCGUGGGAGAGAGCAGAACGCCAGGGAAGGAUACGUACUGCAGAGUGACACAACCGUUGCAAACACUUCGUCUGAUGCAGCGUCUGCUGAGCAGCGUUGCAGCGUUCACCGAGCACCAUGGCAGCGCCUCAGUAAGCUAAACCAGGAUCUAAAGUCAGAGCUGGAGUCCCAACAACGGAAGCAGAAUAAGUCCCGUCAUCAAGUUAGCAGCUUGCGGCGUAGCUACAGCGAAGCGAAAGAUAUAAUAGGAUACCAUGAGGCAGAAAUCGAAGCCUUGGAGGAAAAGCUAACGGCUGCCAUGACAGAGAUUGUAGCGAGCGAGGAGGCUGUGGCACGAAUGCGUAGCGAGUUAAAAAUUGAGCGGGUUCGCUGUCAAGAACGUGAGGAAGAAUGGAUCCGAAAUGAGACAACGUUGCGGUCACAGCUGCGAGAGAGCGAGGACCGUCUUCGGCAAGUCGAGGCUAGUUUGCUAGAGAAGAACCAGAAAGUGAGACAGCUCGAGCAGCAGCAAGCUUUGCAGAGGGACCAGCACAAAGAAAUGCAGAGACUACAGGAGAGACUCGCUGAGGCCACUGGACGUCUGAUUUCCAUGGAGGAAGCUCAAACUAUGAGAGAGGAGCGGGAGAAGAAAGAGCAGCGAAACCUGGAGGAGAAACACGAGCGGGAGCAUCAGGGAUUGACCCGAAGAUUGGUGGAAUCCGAAGAGAGGAGCCGUGAAAUAGAAGAGCAAUUGCAAGAGGCGCAAGAACAAGUGGAGGCACUGCUGAGAGGGAGCGGUGGGAUGGAAACUGUGGGACUCAGGGAGGAAGUUCAUCGUCUUCAGCAGGAGUUGGAGGCGCAGACGGAUAUUGUGGAAAUGCUGCGGGAGAGUGUGAGGAGGCUUGAGGAGGAACGUGACCAGCUUAUUUGCCGCUGUCAGGAACUCCUCAAUCAGAUUGCAGAGAUCGACCGAGAAGUAGGAAAGCAACAUGCAUGUUUAAUAACGGUGGAAACGGACUAUCACUCUCUUGAGAGCUCGUAUGAGCAUGUCUCUGAAGAAUUUGCUAGGAUAAGUCAUGUGCUACGAGAGAAGGAAGAGGAGGUGAAGCAGGCAAAGGAAAUGUACGAGCAGAUAAUCAGACAGAAGGAGCAGGACUUGAGCGAGGCCCUCAUCAAGAUGGCUGCCUUAGGCAGUAGUCUAGAAGAAACAGAACUUUGCUUGCAUCAGAAAGAGGAACUUCUUUCUAAAAUGGAGCAGGACUAUCCAGGACUGGUAGAGUCCCGAAAAGCAGAACGGGAGCUUCAGGCAAAACUGGAGGUUGCAGAGGAUCGGAUUGCUGAGCUGGAGCAACACCUCAACGCCCUGCAGCUCGGUUAUGCAGACCUCAGGAUGCGACGUUGUCGCUCGCAGGAAGAUCUGCUUGAUGGUUUGAAAGAGAUGCAACAUGAUAUUUCCUCAUCCUCAAGUACCUCCCAACUUCUCCUUGCAAGAAGCAGCUCCGAGAUGGAAAUGUCUUUUGUAAAACACCAGAGGAUUCGGUUUUCCACCAUUCAAUGCCAAUCCUAUUACCAGUCCCAGGGAGCAGACAAGUUUCAGACAGAAAAUACAUCUUUGGUUCCGUCGCAAAAUCUGAGCCUAGACCACAUGCAUGACCUGAGCCUGACCCAAGAUAGCAGCGUAGUCAAUGACAGUUCAUUCCAGCAGUGCAGAGAUCCAGAAAAGUUCAUAUCCAUUAUAAACGCUUUGGAAACCAAGCUAUUGGCCACAGAGGAGAAGCUCAGGCACCUCACAGAAAAGAUACGGGACCAGCCCGAUCUUUCAUCAAUGCAGGAACACCUGAGCACCAGAGCUACCUCGGAGGACUGCACAACUAAAACCUGUGAAGAAUUGCCAAUGGAUGAACCAAGUCAGAAAUUCCUUAACAAGACUUUUGGUGAGCAGGACAAUGAUGGAUAUGAGAAGGCAUUGGCAUUGGUAAAGUCUUGCACAGAAAGAGUCCAAGAAAUUCUCCGCAAUCAGAAAGAGACCAGUUCUGCUGAAUCUCUCAUUUGUACCCUUGCAGAAGUAGAGAAACGGCUGGUUUGUGCCUCCAUGUACCUGAGGAAGGACAGCUCAUUCUAUGAGGCGUGUCAAAUCUUUGCACCAGAUGUGCAAUCAGUGAAGGAAACUAUAAAGCAUUUUGCCAGAAUGUUAACCUUUGAGGCUGAGGUUCUAGAGAAGAUGGGGUUCUCUCUGCAAGACCUGAAAUCUGAUAUUAUUUCAGCCCUGAACUCCAUUAACAGAGAUGCUGAAAACAUCAAGAAAAACAGCAGCGGCUGUCUCUCAGUUGUUUAUGCAGAUGUACUUACAAGAAAACUUACGCUGGAGACCAUGUUCUUGGACAAGCUUGAGACGAAUAAGCUAUCAAAUAGUGCUUUUUCACAGGAUGUCAUCAAGAAUGCCUGCAUUAGUGCUGAGCUUGCCUAUUCGCUUCAGAAUAUAACCAUGAAUUUCCAGGAAGAAUUCAGCGAGCUUCAAAAGGACCUGCUCCAGGCGAACGAGACCUUGAAACAAAGGGACAUGGCUCUGAAAGAUGCUUUUAGCGCAUCAAAGCGUGCUCACAUUGAGAGCAUGACCCAAAGUAAUACUGAUCAUCUUGCUGACAUCGCCCCUCCUGAACUUGUCCCCUAUAUGGAGCAGAUUGAGAUUGAGGAAGCUCAGAGUUUAGCAGAAGAGAUUGUCCGAAUACGUUUAGCAAGUGGCAUGCUAUCCCAUAGUGCACAAUCGGAAUCGCAUUUGCAAACAAGCAGGGAAAAUCUCAUCGCCGAGCUCAAAAAGCAAGCAAAAGCCCUCCGCGGUCUCUCUCAGGAAAUUGAGAGGAUCUGUGAGGAAGGGGAAACGGAUUCACUUUCUGGACUUGCGGAUGCCAUCCAAAUGAGCUUGUGGAGCAAUGACCCCAGUGCCGUUUGCAUGCGAGAGGCUUUGAUGCAGGCGCAGGUCGCAUAUGUUGCUUGCAGGUUGCGAGCGGGUCACAAAAGGGAACUUACUCUCUGCCAGGAGACUAGCCGCAACAUGGCAGUGCUCGUGCAGGAACAUGCUGACAGUGUUUCAGCCAUCCAAAGGCACUACCAGAGCUGCUUGGAGAAAGAACAUCUUAGCUACACUGGCACUAUCAGUUCCUUGCAGGAGGAGAAUGACAUGCUUCGAGCGGAAUUAUCCUAUAAGCUCAGGGAGCUCCAGGAGCAACGGCAGAACUUAACCCAGCUGGAAGAGGCAUUUCAUAUGGAGAAAGAAGAGCUCAAGAGCAGGCAUGCAGAUAUGAGGGGACGAGCCGAGCAGGAGCAGAUAACCAGAGAGCUCGAACUAAUGGAGUGUGCCGCCAAAAGCCAACGCCAACUGGAGACCCUGCUGCUAGAAAUUGAAGAUGCUGAGUUGAGGCACAAGGAGCAAGUCCGAAAACUUGAGCAGGAAUUUCAGGGUAAGCUCCAGGAACUAGAACACACCAACAGAGAGGAGCUCCGCAAGCUACAGAAAUGCUACAGCCAGACCAUCUGCUCGCUGGAGGAGAGAAACGAACAAGUGGAGAACAAAGAUGAGGCCGAUGCAUGUCCCAUGGAGGAAGGGGAUGGAUCUGAUCAGAUACCGUGCAGGGAGUCACUCCUCCGAAUCCGGGAGCUAGAAAUGCAGUUGAGCAGCAUGAGGGAGGAGCUGGAUCAGAAACCACUGGAUGGAGAUCUGACCAGCCUGAAGGAGAAAUACCAGCGAGACUUGGACAGCCUAAAGGCGACAUGCGAGCGUGGGUUUGCAGCGAUGGAGGAGACGCAUCAGAAGGUGAUCGAGGACAUCCAAAGGCAGCAUCAGCGAGAGAUCCGGAAACUUCUGGAGGAAAAAGAAAGACUGCUGGAGGAGGAAACAAAUGCCACUAUUGCUGCGAUUGAAGCCAUGAAAAACGCUCAUCGCGAGGAACUGGGGAAGACGCAGCGAUCACAGAUGAGCGGUGUGAGCGCAGACGUUCAGGAGCUGCGCAGACAGUAUGAAGAAGAGUUGCAGUCUAUCUAUCGUGAGCUGGAAGUUUUGUCUGAACAGUAUUCUCAGAAGUGUUUAGAAAACGCACAUUUGGCUCAAGCGCUGGAAGCUGAGAGACAGGCACUGGGACAGUGCCAGCGAGAGAACCAGAAACUGCAUAUACACAACCAGGAACUAAAUCAUCGUCUGAAUGAAGAGAUCACCAGAAUGCACUCAUGCAUCAGUGAAGACAAAUCCACUUCCUCUCUGACACAAGGCAAAGACAUCUAUGAGCUGGAGGUUUUGCUGCGAGUGAAGGAGUCGGAGAUCCAGUACCUCAAACAGGAAAUAAACUCUCUCAAAGACGAGCUACAGUCGGCACUUCGAGAUAAGAAGUAUGCUUCGGAUAAGUACAAGGACAUUUACACAGAGCUGAGUAUCGUCAAAGCUAAAGCUGACUGUGACAUUAACAAGCUGAGGGAGAAACUUCUGUCCGCUACAGAAGCUCUUGGGGAAUUAGACGCUGAAGGAAGUGGCGUUACUGCUGGAUACGACAUCAUGAAGUCGAAGAGCAACCCAGAUUUCCUGAAGAUAGAAAAAUCCAAACAGAUACGUGGGGUCAGGUCAAAGAGUUUGAAGGAGGGACUGACAGUUCAGGAGAGGAUGAAGCUGUUUGAAGCUAAAGACUCAAGAAAGAUAUAACACGCCUCACACUCUUUCUUUCUUCUGUUUUUGUGUCCUUGCUCUUUUAUUGACUUUAUUUAGAUCUUCUUGGUUGAUAGAUGAAGCAGGGUUAAGAACUUUUUUCAGAUAAGUUGUGUUUGUGACA